CUUGUGCCUCAGCUACGUGGAACGAUGAGAAAAGAAAGAAGGCGAGGAAGAAAGGAGGCUGACGUCCGCGCUGCUGCUUUGGCCCUCCUCGCCGCCACUGCCAGCGCGCCAAAGCCGGAGUGGUAGGGGUCGGGCGGCGGCUGAUGUUCCCGCAGUUGCGACGCCCCUGGCCCCAUGCGAAGCGCUGCCGGGAUUUGGGGCGGCCUGGGCCCCGGCGCUGCGGAGCCCUCUCUGGCAGUGCGCGGAACCCCGGCGAGGUACACAGUUUCUCCUAGCAUGACUGCAUUCUGAUCAGCACCCACAAGAAUUCGACUCCUGAAUCCAACGCCGCAGUUCCGGGCUGAGUUCACCGCCCGCAGCUGCCGAGCUGCCAUGGCCGCUGCCUCUCCUUCCACCCCUGUAAUUUCACAGCUCCAGUUCACGGCCAUGAAUGAACCACAGUGCUUCUACAAUGAGUCUAUUGCCUUCUUUUAUAACCGGAGUGGAAAGUAUCUUGCCACAGAGUGGAACACAGUCAGCAAGCUGGUGAUGGGACUUGGAAUCACUGUGUGUAUCUUCAUCAUGUUGGCCAACCUACUGGUCAUGGUGGCCAUCUACGUCAACCGCCGCUUCCACUUUCCUAUUUAUUACCUAAUGGCUAAUCUGGCUGCUGCAGACUUCUUUGCUGGGUUGGCCUACUUCUACCUAAUGUUCAACACAGGACCCAACACUCGGAGACUGACUGUCAGCACAUGGCUCCUUCGUCAGGGCCUCAUUGACACCAGCCUGACGGCAUCUGUGGCCAACCUACUGGCUAUAGCAAUCGAGAGGCACAUUACGGUUUUCCGCAUGCAGCUGCACACACGGAUGAGCAACCGGCGGGUGGUAGUGGUCAUUGUGGUCAUUUGGACCAUGGCCAUUGUUAUGGGUGCCAUACCCAGUGUGGGCUGGAAUUGUAUCUGUGACAUUGAAAAUUGUUCCAACAUGGCACCCCUCUACAGUGACUCUUACUUAGUCUUCUGGGCAAUUUUCAACUUGGUGACCUUUGUGGUAAUGGUGGUUCUGUAUGCUCAUAUCUUUGGCUAUGUUCGCCAAAGGACUAUGAGGAUGUCUAGGCAUAGUUCUGGACCCCGGCGGAAUCGGGAUACCAUGAUGAGUCUUCUGAAGACUGUGGUCAUUGUGCUUGGUGCCUUCAUCAUCUGCUGGACGCCUGGAUUGGUCUUGUUACUUCUAGACGUGUGUUGUCCACAGUGUGACGUUCUGGCCUAUGAGAAAUUUUUCCUUCUCCUUGCCGAAUUCAACUCCGCCAUGAACCCCAUCAUCUACUCCUACCGUGACAAGGAGAUGAGCGCCACCUUCAGGCAGAUCCUCUGCUGCCAGCGCAGUGAGAACACAAGUGGCCCCAUGGAAGGCUCAGACCGCUCCGCUUCUUCCCUCAACCACACCAUCUUGGCUGGCGUUCAUAGCAAUGACCACUCUGUGGUUUAGAAAGGAAACUGAAGGUGAAAACCCAGCCAUGAUCCACGGAGAGAUGAACAGCCUCCCCCUACCAAAUUGCAAGAGCAAGGUGGGGUGUGAGAGAGAAGAGAAAAUAAACUCAUGUACUUAAACACUAACCGAUGGCAGUAUUUGUUCCUAGACCCCACAAGACUUGAUAUAUUUCGGAAAUUAGCUUAUGUGACAACCCUCAUCCUGAUCCCCAUUCUUUAUGAAAGUAGAAAGUGGGGUCCUUAUAAUGGAACUCGUGAACAGACUGGAGUGUCCAUUUAGAUCACACUAACUAGACUUUAAAAGAUUUUGUGUGGUUUCGUGGCAGUCAGGAUAAAUUCCGACUAAUUGAGCCCACAAAUUUCAUUUACAUACAGGCUUCCCUUUUUUUAUUUUUAAAGGAUACAUUUCAUUUAAUAAACAUGUGUUUGUUUAUGCCUAUCAGCAUGUUUGUGAUGGACAAGACAAUAGCCUUUUUUUUUUUUUAACUACCGUAGCUCCAGUUUUUUCCUUAUGUAGGAAAGCUGUAAAUUAGAAUUAUUCUCUUUGAAAGCAUGCAUGUACUAUAUGCAUGCAUUAUGCCUUACGUAAAAAGAUAAAAGAACACUAAUGGUAAAAUCUUCUAGAAAAUGGAAGAACCUAGAGGUCAAAGCCAGUAUUUGUUUAGGUUAUGAAACAAACAAUGCUCUAAUCACAAAAAGGUUUUCAUUAAAGUGUUGUAUCAAGUAUAGAGCAAACAGGGAAUGUAUGUUUACUAUCAAAAGUCCUUGAAGUUGAAGCAUGGUAAUGUUGUUCUCACAUAUUUAUGAUAUACAAGUGCAUUCUAAUUACCAAGUACAUCAGAGGAAUUUUUAAAUAGUCUGUGUUUAUCUGAGUUAUAAAAUAACACAUACUCAUUGUAGAAAACUUGAAAACUAUAGAAAUGAAUAAAAAAGAAAAAAUAAUUACUGGUAAUUUCACAAGCCAGACAUAACCAUCAUUAACAGCUUUUUUUCCUCUCUGUAUGCCUAUAUGUAUAUUAUAUACUUUUUGUUUUACAUAAUUGGGACCAUACUGUAAGCAGUUUUGUAACCAGAUCUUUUUUCUAUUUCAGAAUUGCCACAUUUUCCUAUGGCAUUAAACAUUUUACAGAAACACAAUUUUAAUGGUUAGAUAAUAUUCCUUUUAAUGGAUGCACCUCAGUCUGUUUAACGUUUCCCAGAUUGUUGACUAUUUAGGCUAUUUCCAAUUUUUCAUUAUUAUAAAUAAUGUUGCAAAAAUUUCAUGUACAUAAAACUUUGUCCAUAUAAUUGAUUAUUUACUUAAGACAUAUUCCCAUGAAGGAUUUUUUUUUAAUGUGAAAUGUGUUUUAUGGUUUUUCCUUUUAUAAAAAGGAAUUCACUGCUUUUACAAUGCAUGGUGAUUGUGAGGAAAGCCAGAGAAAUUGCCUUUUUUGCAAAAGAAAUGCAGUGUUUAUUUUAGUCAAGUGACUUUUUUUUAUAUAAGAAGAUGGACUAAAAACAGUCAACUAUUACCAUUAAUUAGGAUACCCUUAUAUGUCUAGUAAUUUCAAAUUCCAGUCAUCCUGCUCUUGGUAGCCAUGACUAUACUGUAGAAUUGAAGAAAAUACAAAGAAAUCAGAUGUGCCAAGUGAAUAAAGGAUUUUCAUAUGAAAUAGCUUGAGGCCCUUCUAUUAGGUGGUUUGAGUAUGGCAGUAUGUGACUGGGUAUCCCAUUUCAUAGACUGCCUGUUUAAUACAUUGUCCAAGUAAACUAAUAAAUGCAGCAGUUUGUUGUAAGGAGUAACGCAGUCAUGAAGUAGGUAUAGGAAGUCAGAAGUAUGUUUAAGAGAAAGGUGUCCAAAGAACGGCUGUUGAGGAAGGAGGAAGUCGGUACAUGGCUGGCAUUUGAGCAGUUGGUAGACUUGUAAAGUGCACAGUGAAACGGAGGUGGGGAGGUUACUCACCAGUUAGCAGAAUGGUAUUGGCACAGAUUCUGUACAAAAUACAGAGCAUUCUAUACUGGAAGUAAAAAAAAAAAAAAAAAAAAAAAAAUAGAAUGGGUUUUUAAUCAU